AUGGCGAGCUCUCAGUCGACCAACAAACUCUCUCAGAAGAUGGAGAAGAUGUCUGUGAACGGCAAACGUCACGCCGACGCGCCUCGCUAUACGCCUCCUCACCGAAAGUACGCCCAAGCAAACAAGUCACAGGAGACCAGCACACCCAUAACUAGAAAGGCUGUGGACGACGAGCCCUCUGCCACAUUCACCAAGACCACUGCUGGUGGACCUGUGACUCCUACUGGUUCGGACCGCACGAUUGAGAAGCCUGAGCCCACAGCCCUCCAGGAGAAGAGUAAUCAAGCGGAGUACACUCCCAAUGCGGCAACUCGAGGCACUGCUCCUCACACCAAGUUCAGCAAACCAGCAAAGAAAGAAACAGAGGUAGCGGAUUCGUGGGAAGAAGAAGUCGCGUCCGAGAAAGAUCUUGACAAUAUCUCGACUCCUUCAUCGCCAAAGGUCACAGUCAAGUCUACCGAAGAACCAGCCGCAGUGCCAAAGUCUACCUAUCUCCCACCUCACCUCAAGUACCGCUCGGCCGCUCCCUCGCCUCCCACUCGCAGCACAACUCCACCGUCUCGAAGCACCACAUCCUCAUCCACCACGUCCUCCGAACGUCGCCCUGAGAAGACCAAUGCUGUGGCCCACCGUCUGAUCGCUGGUGCCCUAGGAGUCAAAGUCCCUCGUAGGACAGAGGAGCAAAGAGCUUACGACAAAGCAAUGAGAGAGCAAGAGAAAAAGAAGCGAGAUCUGGAGAGGGAAGCCAAGAAGAAGGCUGAGGAAGAUGCUGUAAAGGCAAAGGCUGCUAUCUGGGACGAUUGAAAGGCCACGAGACAAG